CACUCAUCACAAAGGUUCCCGUAAUGACGUCAUGUAUAUGACGUUAUUUUACACUAAUGACGUGACUAAAACUGGAAAGACGUUCGGAAAAAAGGCACUGUACUGUGUAAAGGUAAUGGUAAAGAUCAUAAUCCAUUGAAGUGCAAUGAACACAACAGAACAAGUACGGGACAAAUCUCCAAUUUCCUACUCACAGAUUCCACCACCAGCAAUAUACAAUGAUCCGCCACAACUAUCUCCUUACGGACAGCCGCCAAAUCCUCAUGGACAAGCCACUCUCCAGCAUCAUCCAGUUACGAUAGGUGUGGUGCACGUGGUUAAUGUAAAGGAUCCAAACAAUCCAGCAAACAGUAAAACUCCGGUCCGGAUGAAAUGUCCCGCUUGCGGAGAAAAUAUAACAACGGUGACUAAAUAUGUUACUGACUGUGACUCGUACAUAAAGGCCAUUGUUUUAUUGUUAGUGGGAUGUAUCUGUCUGUUUUGGAUGCCAUUAGUAUGCAAAUGUUGUAAGAACGUUAUUCAUUCUUGUCCAAAAUGCGAAGCAGUAUGCGGUCGAUAUGGACAUUACGAUAACAGAGUACAUGCAAUGAAGGUUAUGUGACCAUAAAGCAAUAUUGGAUGUUCAAGACAAUAAAAAAAACAAGAUUAUCUACUUAAACUAUCGAUUUUAUUAAAACUUUCACAUUAUCAUUUUUGAUUAAAAACAAGAAAGUAUUUGAAUAAUGGA